CAGCCUUUUGUCACAGAGAAGAGGAGGGCAAAGAACGCACAGUUAUACAGUUUUGAUUUCUUGUUUGCAGAAUGGAUUCGGCCUUUUCUGUAAUUGGAUCCUAUGUUAACUUGGAUUUCAAAGGUCUGCUGCUCUUCACGGCAGUUUUCAUCCUCACUGCAGAUUAUAUUAAGAACCGUCGGCCGGCCUACUUCCCUCCAGGUCCCUGGGCAUUACCUCUUGUGGGCAACAUAUUCAGUGUGGACCAGACCAAGACUCAUGAGAUCUUGACAGAGUUAGCGGGGAAAUAUGGAAAUGUGUACAGCCUGAGAAUGGGCCAGAACUGGAUGGUGGUGUUAAACAGUUUUGAGGUUCUGAAAGAUGCUCUAGUAACGCAGGGAGAUAGCUUGGUCGACCGCCCAGAAUUCCCUCUGCAGGACGAGGUAACCUGUGGACUAGGUGUAGUUUUCAGUAAUGGGAGCAUCUGGAAGGAACAGAGGCGUUUUGCACUUUCAACCCUCAGAUAUUUUGGACUUGGCAAGAGGUCACUUGAACCUGUCAUCCUGGACGAAUUCACACACUGUGCAAAUGAAUUCAGAGGCAAUAAAGACAAACCAUUCAAUCCACACCUCAUCAUGAACAACGUUGUUUCCAACAUCAUCUGCUCCCUGGUUUUUGGUCAUCGCUUCGAGUACGGUAAUGAGAACUUCAUGAAACUGAUGAGGAUCUUUGAUGAAGCUCUCUACAUUGAAGGCAGCAUUUGGGCACAGCUCUACAACUCAUUCCCUCAGCUGAUGAGAUGUUUGCCAGGGCCACAUCAGAGAUACAAGCACAUCUGGAAUGAUGUAAAGGACUUCAUUAAAGCAGAGCUUAAAGAGCACAAACAGAACUGGGAUCCCUCCGACCAAAGAGACUACAUUGACUGCUUCCUUAAUGAGAUUCAGAAUAAGGGGCAAGCUGAAAAUAGUUUUGAUGAGGAAAGCCUAGUUAUGAGUGUCCUCGAUCUGUUUGUGGCUGGCUCGGAGACCACAUCCACCACCAUGCGCUGGGCAUUCCUCUACAUGGCAAAGUACCCUGAGAUCCAAGAAAAAGUGCAGGCUGAGAUAAACAGAGUGAUUGGACAGUCCAGACAGCCAUCCAUGGAGGACCGUGCUAACCUGCCCUACACUGACGCUGUCAUCCACGAGAUCCAGAGGAUGGGCAACAUAGUUCCUCUCAGCCUGCCUCAUAUCGUCAGCAGAGACGUCCAACUGGGAGGCUACACAAUCCCAAAGGGUGUUACAAUUAUUCCCAAUUUGACCUCGGUGCUGUUGGACAAGAACGAGUGGGAGACACCCAAUACCUUUAAUCCAGGACACUUCCUAAACAAAGAGGGCAAGUUUGUGAAGCGAGCUGCUUUCAUUCCUUUCUCUGCAGGUAAACGGGUGUGUCUCGGGGAGAACCUGGCCAGAAUGGAGCUUUUCCUCUUCUUCACCUCCUUCAUGCAGCACUUCACCUUCUCUAUGCCUGCUGGGGUGAAGCCUGUGUUGGACUACCGUCUUGGCAUCACCCUGGCACCGCAUCAAUAUGAAAUCUGUGUAACACCACGCUAACACUCUGACACAAAAAAGUACCACAAAAAGCAAUAGCCUUUUUCCUUGUUGUCACCACUUCUGAUCUUAUUACUGCUCCAGGGUUUAGAGAAUACAUCAAACUACACUCUAAAAAAGUCAUUCAGUUCACCUUUUUACCAUUACAUAACUAAAUGCAUUGUUGUGGGAUAGUGAUUUAGUGAUUUAGUUAAACUUUUUGGAUCGCAAACAUAAUUCUAAUGAGUUGCGGUGACACAAUAACAUAAGUAACUCCUGUGGCUUGCAAUUGUUAGUAAUUUCAACUCCAAUUUCUUUGUUCACUGAUAAAAAAUGAAAUUCAAACUAGGUAAGUGAAUGAAAUUUAUUUGAUUAUGACUUAAUAUCUCUAAGUCUAAGAAAAACUGUCAGCAUAUUUUUCAGAGUGAAAACUCUGUUUUGUUGUUUUAGUAAAAUGUUAAAAUGUAAAUGUAAAAUCCUGAUGGAAAUCUACUGUGUGUCUUUAAUACGUGUUGAAUUAAGUCAUGCUUGUUUUGAGCAUCAAAUUCAGGUCUUACCCCUGUACUCUUUAACUAAUUUAAUAAAGUCAUUGGAUGCA